AUGAGAUCCGUAUCUAUCCUCACAGUUCUCCUGGGGAUAAAGCUCUCUAUAGCUAGUCCAGAUCCCAUGAUCACCUUGAGCCCCGUUUUCCCAGUAGAGAAACGCGAAACCUCGGCUCUUAGCUGGGCAAUUCCUGCAUCAUGCACCUCCAAUUGGCAGGUUAUAGAGGCCAUAAGCUCGCUUAACAACCUGCCCGCAACAAUGACAAUAGGCAAAGAAGAGAUAUGCUCCCAAGUUCUUCAACCUACGUAUUAUGAAUACAUCACAAACACUCUCCAGGGAUCCACAACAAAGACCAAAACAAUUUCCCAAACAACAUCUACCACAACCACCGAUCCUAACUCUCGCACAACCACAAUCCUCUGCCCUACGCCCUCCCCUUCUAUGCUCUGUGGUGUCGCAGGUACCUUCUCGACUAAGUUUCUCACGGAGAAUAUUUUCUCGCACGAACCCGAGGGAUUUGUGAACCAGAGCGCGUGUAAACAGGCGUGCUUAGCGAAUAACAGAUGCAAGAGUUUUGUGACGUAUGAAAUUUCCGGGACUAAAUACCAUAGUUGCGACAUGUAUGAUGCCCCGUUAGGGGAGGGGAUUUUAACGAGGGGGGGUGUCGCCAAUGAGGGGCAUUGGUUUGAUAGAGGGUGUCAUGAAUUCCUCCCCGCAGCUUGUAAUUCUCCGAAUGCGAAACGUGGGGUGGCUAAACGGGGACGAGAAAAUUUACCAUCUGAUCUAGCCAAGAACUAUAUGCUUGAUUUCGCAUGCUCGUGUGUUGUCACAAGUGCCUCACCCUCGGUGACAGCAACUGUACCUCGAACGCUGGAUAGAAUCAGCAAAACUACGGUAUGGCCACUCCCCCUCCCUUUGUUAUGA